AUGCGGUCACGGGCGCACCCGUGCGGGGCCGAGCCCGACCGGGAAGGCGAGGCGAGGCCACCGGGGAGCGGCGGCGAUUGGCCAGCAUGGGCGACAACCAGCGGGAGCAACGACCAGCGGGGGUGGACCCGGGCGGUGCCGCAUGGGGGGGGGGAGCGGAACGGCGGACGGCGGCGGCCACUGCAGGCAGUGUGCGGCGACGGGGAGCAGGGGGCCGGGCGGCGCGCCAGCGUGGAGGAGGGCGCGGUCACCGUGGCGCUGGUUGUGGCGAGCGCGAGCGAGGUGCCAGUGCGGGCCGCAGAGCACGGCGACGCGGGUGCAGCGCGUGCGGGCUGUAGCGCCGGAGGGCGAGUGCGGCCUGGAGCGGGCGGGCACGGCGUCGGGCACGGCGGACGGCGUUCGACAGGGGGAGAGGGGAAGAGGGGGCCGAGGGCCUCACCGUACAGUGUAGGGACAAUGGCAGCGGGGCUCGGGAAGGAGGUCGAGGACGAUGGCGACGGAGAGGACGGCGACGAGGUUUCUGGGCGGCGGCGGUGCUCCAGCGAUGACGGGGUUCAGCGGCGUCGGAGGCGGUGA